AUGAGCGAACCUCAUCUUCGCAAAGUCACAAAAAUCAAAACGCCGCAUAACCUGCCAACAGACCCCGGGUCAGUCAAGUCCUUGAUCAAUGGUGGGACAGACAGCUUCACAGAAAAAUUCGGACAUCCACCGCGUGACGACCGGAUCCGAGGACUGGUAUAUCAGAACCAGACAUCUAUGCGGGAUGAGGAGCGCGAGACCAUCCUACAGCAUGUUGGAAGCAACAAUCCGACUUAUCCCCUGACUUGCAUAGAUGCUAGUAUUGCUGAUGUUGAUAUAUUCCACGAUACAUGGCUGGACUUCUUCAACGUUCCUUUUGACAGCGAACACAAAUUCGUGGAAUAUUUCAACAACGGUGGUGCUGCUCCUCACUCACACUUAGCUGAAGCAGAUUCAGAUCUCUCUGUAUCGUGGGGAGACACAAUCCUUGAACCUGACCCUCCAUUCGUGAUGGGCUUGAUACAAUCUAUCUUGGCCCAAGGUUGGAUUGUUUUGAAAGAUGCUAAAGCCCAGCAAGAUUUCUCUACCAACCUUAAAUUUCUCCUGACAGCCGCUCGUACCCGGAAAUUCAUCGCUCUAUAUUUCAAAUACUGGCAUCCAGGCUGCGCAAUCGUUCAUGCACCUACGUUCAAACCGGAAACGGUAUCUGUACCAUUGCUAGCGUCGAUUGUGUCUAUGGGCGCAAUGUACUCCAGUGACCAAAAGGAGGUCCACGUUGCAAAGAGAGUGCUCGAUUUUGUGGAACUUUACAUUUUUUCGAAUGAUGUAUUCUCACCGGAGAGUGGAAUUGAGGCUAUCUUCUGCGGCAACAGGCUCUGCGAGGAUGAAGUAGACGACUGGGUCAAGUUCCAGAACUUCCAGGCAGGUCUAUUGAUUACUAUAGUGCAAUACUGGGCAGGGAAUCUAGUCUCUCGAGACCGCGCGAUGGAGACCCGAUUGAAUGAAGUUGUCAAGGUUGCUCGGAGGAAAGGCAUAGUGAAAUCUCGACAUCGACCUGCAGACUCGGAGUUGGAGAAUCUGUGGAUUCAAAAGGAGAGCCACAUCAGGACGAUGGCGAUAGUGUCCCUGCUUGAUUCCGCGUUCUUCUUUUACCAAAACUACCCCUGUCGUCUAACACCGUCUGAGAUGGAAUUCGAACUCCCGUGCGAAGAAUCAGUCUUUCAAGCGGAGCAUCCAUUCGCCGCGCCCCGUUUUCAAGCAUCACGCGAUAUCACGGCUUUCGAGGCUUUCCAAGGGCUUUUUGACGAGGAUAGGGGCUCUCCUGAUAAUUCCAAUAUGCACUUGACAACCUUGGACAUGUUCAUUUUGAUUCACUUACUAUACGUCUUCAUCAAUAUGCAGAUGUCUUCUUGGGACCCAUUUUUACAUCAGAGCCCUUGUAACCAGAAUUCACAGGGUCGGAAGAGCAAUUCAAGCAGAAAACGCACUUCAAAAGACUUGGCUCUCGACUCGAUCCGCAAAGCUUUAACCCGCUGGCACGAUCGUUGGUUCACACUGUGUGAUCAAAUUCCGAAAGAUGAAUGGGACUCCUUCGGCUUCUACAAGAAUGGAUACAACUUCUGGCUUGUCUCGCAGUUGCUGAUCACACGAAACGACGCUGCUGAUGUGAUCAUGCAGAUGAGAGUGAAGUGUGAUGAUAAGUUAGAGGAGCUGAAUGUAUUAUUGCCCGAUGAAGAAGAUUAG